GAUGACGUAAUCUCUUAACAUGGCGGAUGACGCGCGGUCCCUGCCGCCCGCGCCCUUACUAUUACCGUCAACUGCCACUCGUUUCGUAGGAAUUCGCUUGUGAUGAAUGAAAAUUAUUGUGGUGGUUAGCUCCGCGUACGACACUCACUCCCAAAAGAAAUUACGAAGCAGCACACAAAGGAACGUGUUUUGUGCAAUAGUGCGUGAAAAGGUUGAUUCGUGGUUUCAGUGUUUUGACCAGUUCUACCUUUUUUGUGUGAACGAACUUAAGUUUGUGUUUACGUGCUGAAAACUGCAAAGAAACUAGUUUUUGAGUGUCUUAUCUGUUAAUGGGAGUUUGUUGAUCAACAGGCGUUGAGGGUCGCGCGGCAAAAUGCCGGAGAGCGUGGCCAAGGACAGCAAGGAGGAUGCGAAGACGAAGAACAAAGAGUCGCCCAGGCGACGCCCGACCGGCAACGUCGCCAAGGUCAAGGUGGAGCUGCUCGAUGGAUCUAACAUGGAAUUGGAUGUCGAUCGCAAAAUCCGCGGACACGAGCUGCUGAACAAAGUGUGCGACAACCUUAACCUGGUUGAGAAGGAUUACUUCGGACUGCUCUACGCCGAUAGAGGAGAUCCCCGGGUGUGGAUCGAUCUCGACAAACGGGUCUCAAAAAUGCUGAAACAUGAACCGUGGUUCUUAAGGUUCGCCGUAAAAUUCUACCCACCGGAGCCAGCGCAGUUGCAGGAAGAAUUAACGAGAUACCAGCUUGUUUUGGCGGUUCGCAGGGAUCUACUUGAUGGUCGCCUACCCUGUUCGUCUGUAACGCACGCAUUACUGGCCAGCUACCUUCUCCAAUCUGAACUUGGCGAUUAUGAGGAUACGGAAGUCGGUGCCGGUCUGUGCAAGCAACUAAAGCUGGUCCCACCGUCAUCUUGCACUCAGGAGUUAGAGGAAAAGGUCGUAGAACUACACAAGACACACAGGGGUCAGACACCAGCGGAGGCCGAACUGAAUUAUUUGGAGAAUGCGAAGAAGCUCGCCAUGUACGGGGUGGACCUCCAUCCAGCCAAGGACUCGGAGAAUGUCGAUAUCACGCUAGGAGUUUGCUCGUCUGGUCUUCUUGUGCAUAGAGAGAAGCUCCGCAUAAAUCGGUUCGCUUGGCCGAAAAUCCUGAAGAUCAGCUACAAACGACACAACUUCUACGUGAAGCUGCGGCCGGGCGAGUUCGAGCAGUUCGAGUCGACGGUCGGCUUCAAGCUCGCCAACCAUCGCGCCGCCAAGAAGCUGUGGAAGACAUGCGUAGAACAUCAUACGUUCUUUAGGUUGAUGUCGCCCGAGCCGGCCGCCCGCAGCUCCCUGUUCCCGCGGCUCGGCUCGCGCUUCCGGUACAGCGGCCGCACGCAGUACGAGUCGCGCCGCGCCGCCCCGCCCCGCGCGCCCCCGCACUUCACGCGCACGCUCUCCGCGCGCCGCCUCGCCUCGCGCAGCAUGGACGGUACGUAGACGCGCCCCCCGCCCCGCCCCGCCCCGCGCGCCCCCGCACUUCACGCGCACGCUCUCCGCGCGCCGCCUCGCCUCGCGCAGCAUGGACGGUACGUACACGCGCCCCCCGCCCCGCCCCGCCCCGCGC